AUGCAAAACUUUCGCGAGAUUCGACCGGCUUCCAUCCCAACCAACGGCGGCCACGAUGCUGAGGGAGUAGCAGCACAACCAGCACUACAGCCACGAGACCACACUGAGCAGCAACAACAACAGCGUCACACUCACAAUCUCCCCCAUGUCGUUGCCCCAGGCUUUUCAGUUGCUGCCGGAAAUACAGGCCUUCCAAUAUCCGUCCAAGGGCCACAGCGAUUGGAAAGUAUUGUGCUUCCGAGGAGAAAGCGCAGUGUGGUUCAAGCAUGCCGUGACUGCCGCAAGACAAAGGCCAAGUGCGGCGGACAACGUCCCAAGUGCAACAACUGCAAAGCCAAAGGACGACAAUGCGGGUACGAUGGCGAAGAGGGCCAGUCGCGGUACAAGGCCAUGAAGUCGCGCCUGGCACUGCUGGAGAAGACGAUGCAGCAGCUGAGGAAAGCGACGGCCGAGCAGGCGGUGCGCUUGAUUGAGGAGCUGAAGCAGACGCCUGACGAUUUUUUCACCCCCAUGGCGGCUGUUGACGAGGAUGAGAACAUGAAUACGCCUACCGGUACAUCGCCAUCGACGGUUACGACCUCGGUUGGGAAUAUCUCCACGGCUUCUGGGUCACGCCACAGCUCUGGCCAGUCCAUGACCGGUCUGGCACACCAGGAACAAGAAGAAGCGUCUCCCUUUCGUGAUCGAGCAUCAAUCUCGACCGAACCGCCCAUCUUGUCUCCGACGCCGUGGCAACUAUGGGUGGACAACAGCAGCACCGCGGUCAAUCCGUCUCCCGGAGGAGCGUCCAGCAGCAGCGAUGGACGACGACAAUCCUUCCCAUCGGCAGCCAUUCAGAUUCCGAUUCCCGACCUCGAGACUACCAACGCCGCUAUCAACGAGUACUUUAUCCGUAUCGACCAGCUCUUCCAGCCCUUUUCCCGCGACGAGCUCAAAUCUCUGCACCGAAUUGCCUCCGGCCUUGACGACUCUACACUGAAUUCUGCCCCCAUGGACCGGAAACGGCAACAGCAAAUAGCCCUCAGCUGCCUCACAGCCGUCGCCUCCCUUGGUUCUCAGUGCCUUAUGGAUGCGCAGACGGACAGCCGGGUUCAAGAACAAGAAGCGUUUACGAAUAUCGCCAGACAUUACUUGGAUGUGGUUAUCGAGCACGCGCCGUUAGACGCAGUACGAGUGUGUGCGCUGCUGGCGGGGACAGUGAUUAUGAACAAGCCUGGAGCCUACAGGAUGAAUCACGAUGCGGCGCAGAAGCAGGCACAACUAGUCGAGGCCCAACAGGCGCAGAGACACCACCAGACUCUGGCUGCUGCUGCUGCUUCUUCUUCUUCUUCUUCUUCUUCUUCUUUGCAGGCGCAGCUCGCCUUGUCUCCUCCUGUGCUGCCGCAUAAGGAAACAAUCGGCCAUGGAAGAAGUUGGCGGACGUUGGUUUUUCUGGCGAGUUGGCUGAGCUCGGCUCACGGAUACAUUAUUGGUAGCGACUUGUUGGUUGAGAGACAAUUGAGUCCGGAAGCUGAGCCGCCGUAUCCCGAGAAUGCGGAUUUGGUCGAGAUCACAGAAAUAGCCCUAACCCGCCUCUGCUACAUCAAAUCCUUCAUCCUGCGCCUCCGUGCCUCCAACCGGGAUCUUACCCCCCACUCCAUCCGUCACGUCCUCCACUCCCUUCGCCACUGGUACCACACCCUCCCCUCGGCCAUCCAACUCAACUUCCACGACCUGUCUCGCUUCUCGCCCGCCGGUUCGCCCUUCCCCCAGACGACUUCCGGAGUCUCUUCAGGCUCGACCUCCGGCCUCCUCGAAACCCAUCGCUCCAUCCACCACAUCCACAUCCUCUACUCCGACUCCAUCACCUUGUUGUACCGCUGGUUAAUCUCCCAAAGCAUCACCUGCCGGCUGCACGGCAACCACGAGGGGCAUCAUGCACUGGACACACCCCUUCGGGAACUUCUCCUGGAACACGCGGAUGACGCGAUCCGCGUCGCCGGACUAAGCGCCGUGGUGUUGCGGAAAAUGAUUCACAAUGACGAGGAAAUUCUGAUGCCCUCCUGGACUGCUGGGUUCCAGGCUUAUACCAGCUGCGCGGUUCUGCUCUGGUCAGUAGUAGGCAAGAUGAUCAACAGCAUCGGUCUUUACCCUUCACAAACAACAUCAAGAGGCACGGGAGGUGAGACAAACAGCAUGGACGAACGGGAAUACCAGGACCGCUAUGGCUGGCACGGCGAACUCGAGCGUGUACGCGAUUGUCUAGUUAUUUUGGAGCUGUGCGCUCGCUUGGGAGGAGGGAGAGAUGGGGCAGAGAGGUGGUGGAGGCGCAUGAGGGCUUUUCUUGCGGUUGUGGAAUCUUCUGUCACUUAUCGACUGUGGGAACAACAGCAGCAACAUCGACAACAACAACAACAACAACGCCCGCCGCCCCUGGCCCUCGAACCCCAAGAUCGCAGCUAUCUCCUUACCCUCCCAUCUCCGCACGCGACUAUGAACUCCAGCGGCAAGCCGGUGGCGGUGGAUUACUCCCUCGCCAGAGUCUCGGUUAGUCUGAUAAUGCUCCUACAUCAAAGUUUUGGAGCGCCGGGGAGCCAGAAGCUGGAGGGAGUAGGCGAUGAAGAGUUUGCAGCGGGGGAUUGGGGACAGCACUCUUCGCGGAGAGGAAGUGCAACUGGGGCAGAUGAGAAUGAGAAUGGAAAUGGCAGUGCCAACUUGUUGAGUGGCUUGUUGGAUUUGGAGAGCGAGCAGGCGAGCAUUUUGGAAUGGUUGGGGUGGAAUCUGCCUGUGAGUGGUGGAAUUGGGUUGAAUGGGAACGGGGAUGUGCCUGUUUAUCCGGUGAUUUCGGGCGGUUAUCAGGGGAUGAACCAAGAUGAUCGUCGUGGUAGCGGUGGUGCUAGGACGAUUUAG